AUGAAUUAAUAAAAUGAAAGUGACAAUGAUGAUGUAAUUAAUUUAGUAUUAUUAAUUAGUCUGAUAGAAGUCAAGAAAGUUAAUCUGUUUAAUUGAAAAAUAAGGAAAGAUAAUUAAGAAAAAUAUAAAAGUUAUAAUCUUUAAUCAAUAAACCAUUUACAUAAUUGACUGAUGAAGAGAUUAAUAAAAGAAGAAUAUUAUCAAAAGUAUCUGAUCUUAUUGGUAAAUCAACUAAUCCAACAUAAUUGUUAUAACCAUUAUAACACAGGUAAAAUAAUCAUCAUAAAUUCAUACUAAAUAUAAAUCAUCUUUAAAAUACAUCCAUUCCAAAAAUAACUUCAAAUCAAACCGAUCCAGAAAAAGAUUAUGUUGAUUAUUUGAUGAUGAAAAAGUGUAAUCUUUAAUUUUAAUUUUUAAGAAAAGUAAUAAGAUUAAAUGAGAAGAUAAUUUAAUAAAAAAUAAAACAUAAAAGAAAACUAUGAUUAGUUAUGGUAGUAAGAAGAAGAUUUUUCAGAUAAAGAAAUUUAAGAUUCCUAUAAUGUUAGUAGAGCACUUUCUAUUGUACAUAAAAGCCAGAUUAUUAAGUAAUAAAAAUCAGAUGAAAGAAAUUAUUUUGUUAAGAACUCUUCUUCUCUUUAAGGAAACUAAAACUAUCAAUCUUUAACUAAUUCAAGAUUAAUCCUUAUGUAAGAUCAAGAUAUAAAUGAAACUGAAGUAAAUAAUUAUUUUAAAUUAGUGUAGAGAAUAAUAAGCUAGGAAAACUCUUAAAAAAAUAAAAACAAAUAAGGUUAUUAAUAUUGUAUAAUAAGCUACCAAAAAAAUAUUUAAUAAAAAAGAAGAAUAAAUUUAAAAAGAAUUAAUAAUGCAUCAAGUUUACAAAUAAAUGAAAAAAGAUAAAAAAAAGGAAAGUAUAAAAUCAAUAGAUAGUGUUUUCAGAAAUUGUAUAAUAUUUUUUCGUUAUUUUUUAAGCUUAGAGUGAAGAAACCUUCUAAUAAUCUUAAAACCAUUAAAAAAUGAUUACUAAUAAAAUAUUAAGUGAAAAUAAAUUUUUUUUACCAAAGAAAUUAAGUGAAAUAAAACCAGUUUAAAGCAGAGUUUAAUUAAGUCAUAUUAUUUAAAAAUAAGACUCAAGAACUGAUGAUUCACCUGCAAGAUUUCAAAGCCGAAAAAUAAGUCUAAUUAAUGAUAAAAUUACUAAUUUAGUUUCUCAGAUAGAUUUGAUAUAAUAAAAAGAAAUUGAUUAAUUGACUUUCAUAAAGUAAUUAGAAAAUGAAUAAGAUUUAUUUAAGACUUAUAGAGAAUCUCUAUAGCCAGAUUAAAUUUAAGAAACCUUAAAAUCACUUCUAGGCCCGAGUAACAAUAAUUAUAGGAAGCCUUUUAGGUUCAAUAAUAAGAAAUUUUUUAAUCAGAUUUUAUGA